GUAAGUACUCAAGUGAACAAAAUAUAUAACACUGGCCUAGUGGUUUUUGGAUGUUUUACUGCAAAAUUCUUACAUAUUGCACCUUUAAAUGAAAUUAAAAUUAAAUAACCAUUCUACACAAUUAAUUGAGGUACAAACAACAAGUGAGUAGAGAAUGCUUAUUUAAACACCAGGUUAAGAAUUAUUUUUAGUGAAAGAUGAUAUUGCACAUUUUGUUUUGAAGGAUAAUAAUGUCCUAAUGUAGGUGUUCAAAACCCAAAUACAAUGACACUGCUAAAGAAAUAAAAGGUGUCGAUUUUUGACUCAAAAACAUAAUUACUGUUAUUUAUCCCUUGUGACAACUUUCCCAUAUGCACAAACCCCUGUCUCCCUUAAAAAUAAUUCCUAACAGGAGCUAAGUUAACAUAGGCCUAGCUUGGAUAUAUGAUCAUUAGGCUUUAUUAUAACAUCGCCAAAUUAUCUUGUCAUAUUGAGAUUUACUGAUAAUGUGCAAUCAUGUCCUUAUUUGACACGAAUUUCUGUGAGGAGCUUUGGUGAGCUCGAGCCAUGUACCUCUGCAGACCGAUUGUUUGUUCUAUGUGUCAUUUCAGUUCAUUUAGACGCUUGAGUCAUUUGCGCCCCUGACGCACGCGUUUAGAUUGCGCUCUGAACAUCUCAUUGUUUACAGGUCUGGAUUAAGCGCUCGUGCGGCGAUGAUGACUCAUAUUGCACCAUGAUUCACAUCCUCACGCAGUCGCAUGCAUUCAUCCUGUGCUGUUCGCUUCACUGCAGUAUUUUCCCCAGUGAGCGACAAGCAGUGGAUGUCUCCUCGAAGCAAACUGCUCUGUUCAGCUUGUAGUACAUGUUUAAUUCAAGAAUAAAUGCUUGAUGGUUAUUACAGCUUGGCUUGUUUUUAUGGGCCGUACGCAUGCUUGCGUUUAAACAGACGCGUUUUGAAACUGUUUAAAACUUGAUACGGCGUCUUAAAACGCAACGCUGUAGUUAAGAGUGAGACGCGACGCAAAAGUCCAUCCGUCUGACGUUCUGUGUAAAUGUGUCUGGUGUGUCAAUACGCGUUUUGCUAAACGGAACGCAACGGUAUGUGAAAUCACACAAGUAUGUUGAGAUGCGGGUUUAAAGCUGCACUGUUUUAACUUGACCGGCGUCCGGAGCGACUCUCUUCGCGCGAGAAUGAAACACGACGCAACGCUACAAAAGACGUUCGUCUGACGCAUGUUAGGGCAAUUAAAAACAAUUAAAAACGGAAUGAAACCGAACUCAGAGGUUUACGGCACGUUUUGAACAGUUGAGGGCGUCUUAAUAACGAGACAAAGGUAGAAAUAACAGACAAUAACAGCUGUGAAAGACGUCAGACACAUGGACCAACAAUUAAAAACAGCGCAGACGGAAAACACGAACGCGUUCUGUUUAUCACGAUGAACAACCGCAGCAUUUCGGUUUUUUUUUGUUUCCUCUCAAUACGAGCUCAUAAUUACGUUUAUAGCAGAGCCUUUAUAAAUGUACUCCUGCCCGUCGAGCGUCUAUUUUUUUACCGAACCCCGAAACCUUAAUGUGAUUUAUCAUCGUUUUUUCGAUGUAUAUUUUUUCCUCUCAGCGCUGGAUAGCUCCUUCAGUUUUACAAACACGCCCUCCGUCAAAUGACUGACAGCAGAAAUGACCAUACACCAAUCAAGGGCACUUUCCCAAACCCUAUAAGGUGAUGAAGAAGACGGGAUGUUAGUAGUGUUGGGAAGUCCGACUCAUUUCAGCGAAUCGGUUCUUUUGAACAGUUCAAUUCAAUGCAGCCGAUAACUGGAUAAGUGCUCUGACCGAGCGAUUCUGACUUGCGAACCGGUUCAAUAAACGAUCCCUUCGCGAAUCGGACAUCACUAGAUGUUAUAGCAAAUGGUUUCUGCCGUUCUCAUGCUUUAAGACUGGAGUGGACGAAAGAGGGCGGAGUGUGUUUGUCAUCCAAGUGUGAAGUACUGACUCCCUGCCUCCAAAAAAUAGGAUUUUUUUCUCUCAUUCGAUCACGUCUGUUGUGGUCCAGCAUCAUAUUGGGAGGAGAGCGUCGGGGAUCCUACACAUCUGCUGCGCUCCUGCAAGGAGAUACAAGACCAAACCAGCAUCACUUACACAAACAACACCAAAUCACCUGAGGGGAAAGGGAUUACCGAUGCAAUAAAUGUCUUCUGGCCAGGAAUCAAGUGACAGAAAUGCGUGGAAAUCCACAGGUGAAAAUGCUGUGCUGAUUUGAUUCAUUCCAGCUGUGAUUUCUCGCAUCAGAUUUGGUGAACCGAAGCUGGUAAGGUAAAAGAGCGGGAUUGAAGGAUAUGGCCAUAAUCCGGAUAUCGUUACUCUUGCAAGUCGGAUUUGUUAUAGGAUCAAAUUAUAGAUAUGCGGAACAGGAACGGGACCUAAAAGCAAAGCUGCCCAUUUAUAAUACGCACAGCAACCAGCAAGCGCACCUCCGGAAGCCCCAUUCGGGUUUAGCGCAGAAGAUUGAGGAGCAGGUACCCAGAGUGGUGACUGCGUUUCUGCACACGGGGGAUUCCUCCACCUUAAAACACGCCAACUGCUCCAGGAGAUAUGAGCUGGCGGUGUUGCGGGGAAGGACGCGCGGAGACGCGCAUCACUCCAUGCGCGGCGUCCUGGACACGGUCCUUCACGCCACAAACUUCCUCAACAUGAUCCUACAGACGAACAGAUCCAGAGAUCAGAGCCCCAGACGCGAUAUGGAGUGGUACCACGCUCUGGUCAGGAGUAUCCUGGAGGGAGACCUCAAGAUCCAUCGAGCAGUGGUCACCUUGAGCUCCGAGUCCCCUCCUGAAGGGCCACCUGUUUACCUUCAGGCCACACGGGCAGGUGGAGAGAUAAUUCUCCAGGAUUUAUCCAGCACUGCCCACCGUGUGUUGAAAAACAGAACGGCAGACACUGAGUGGUACCACGAGCAUAAAAAUAAAAAGAAGACCCAUCUCCAAAAACGAGUGCUGAGUCAAGAUUUUGCCUCGUUUGACGCGUCUGUGCGCAAUGGAGAAAGUUAUAUUACCGACAAAACUCAGAUUCACUGGUCAUCCCCGUAUUUGGAGUGUGAGAAUGGGAAUUUCAUUCCCAGAUGGCUCUUGACACUGUCUGCUGGCUUCUAUGGCCUUAAAUCCAACCGGAAUCCAGACUUCAGGGGUGUUGUUCGUGUGGACGUCAGCCUGCAGGAUGUGGAUAUUGAUCAGUGCUCUGCAGAUGGAUGGUUUGCAGGAACACACAGGUGUAACCUCACCACAAUGGAGUGUUUGCCCAUCCCAGGUCAUGGAUUUGUGCUGGACAAGUAUAAAUGUCACUGCAAAAGUGGCUUUUAUCAUCCAAGCAGAGUUGCAGUCAAUGGCUUUAAAAGGAAAGGGGGUGUGAAGGGAACAGAGGCUUUGUCACAUCACAGGGAUGUUCCAGAAAGUUCCAGCCACUGUCUGCCCUGCCAGGAAGGCUGUGAUUUCUGCAAGGACAACACGCCCUGCGUGGCCCGGGGUGACGGCGCCCUGCGUAUGGCGGUGCUUUCCUUCCAGGGCUUGUGCAUGCUGGUGGAUUUCAUCAGUAUGGUGCUGCUCUACCAUUUCCGCAGGAACAAGAGUAUCAGAGCGUCAGGACUCAUCUUGCUAGAGGCCAUCAUGUUUGGAGCACUCCUCCUGUACUUUCCGGUGGUGAUUCUAUACUUCCAGCCGAGUGUUUUCCGCUGUAUCCUGCUGCGAUGGGUUCGUCUGCUCGGGUUUGCCACGGUCUAUGGAACGGUCACCCUCAAACUCUACAGGGUUCUCAAGGUGUUCCUGUCACGUACAGCCCAACGGAUCCCCUACAUGACCAGCUGGAGAGUGUUACGUCUAUUGUGCAUCAUCCUGCUAAUUGUUUUAUGGUUUGCAAUAGCCUGGACCGCCGCUGUUUGUCAGAAUCCAAACAGACAUCUUGCUCUCAUCAGUGUGGGCUUUACCACUGAUGGGCUACAGUUCAGCAUGUGUCUGUUGGACCGCUGGGACUACAUGAUUGCUGUGGCUGAGUUCCUGUUCCUUCUGUGGGGUGUGUAUCUUUGUUUUGCUGUGAGGACCGUCCCCUCAGCGUUUCAUGAGCCACGCUACAUGGCCAUCGCAGUACACAAUGAGCUCAUCCUCUCUGCCAUAUUCCACAUUUUAAGGUUCACUCUAGCCCCUGAGCUGCACCCGGAUUGGAUGCUGAUGCUAUUCUUUGCUCAUACACACUUGACAGUGACUGUCACUUUGGGGUUACUGCUUGUGCCAAAGUUCUUAUUUGCGGGUACACAACUAAGGGAUGACAUUGCUACAGAGGCCUAUGAAGAUGAAUUGGACAUGGGGCGGUCUGGGUCAUACCUGAAUAGCAGCAUCACGUCUGCCUGGAGUGAGCACAGUCUGGAUCCAGAGGAUAUUCGGACACCAGAGGAAAUGGGCCAGCUAAGUUCUAUUAAUGGCUGUGGCGUAAGGUCUUGCGACAGUCUUUGGGAAAAACGUACCAACGAAGAGCUGAAGAAACUCUACUCCCAGCUGGAGAUUUAUAAGAGGAAAAAGAUGCUGGCCAACAAUCCUCACCUGCAGAAGAAGCGCAGCUCUAAAAAGGGCCUAGGCCGCUCUCUCAUGCGCCGCAUCACUGAGAUUCCAGAGUCAAUGGGUCGCCAGUGUAGCCGUGAGGACAAGGACCUGGGUGAACAUGGGAGUAACCGCAACAGCAUCUGUGUCCUGAGAAAGAACCCAUUUGACCCCUCACACUCUGUUAAGCCUGCCAAAGACGAAUCCUUGAAGAGCAAAGUUUUCUCCCUUAAGAAGUCCCACAGCAGUUAUGACCACGUUCGUGACCACAGUGAGGAUUCCAGCAGUUCGGCAACUGACAAGAUGGAAGUCGCAACCACAGAAGGCUCCCUCCUUGAAACCCUAAUGGGCAAGAAGCUGGUCAAAAAGUCCUCUGAGAAGAUUGAUGCAGCCAGUGAGUCAACAGAGUCAGUUCCCUUGGUGUGCAAGUCAGCUAGUGCUCACAACCUGACAGCUGAUAAGAAGCCUAUUCACCCUAGAACAUCCAUGCUGCAGAAAUCUCUAAGCGUUAUUGCCAGUGCCAAAGAGAAAACACUUGGUCUAACAGGAAAGGCCCAAGCAGCGGAGGAUACAACAAAGAAAGCUAAUCAAAAGAACAAGGAUGCCAAGACCCCAGCUGAAGCUGAAGAAAAUGAGGGUUAUCCAAAGAUGAUUGUCAGUCAAUCAGUGGAGUACAAGCAGACGGCUGCCAAAACCGGUAUAAUGAAGCCACAAAUGAGCGGAAGCCAGCCCUCCAUUUGCUCAGAAACAGCCAAGGGGAAAGAUCUGUAUGACCUUUCAGAGGUGUGCCCUUGGGAAUUGGAAGACUUGCCGACCCCCUCCGAAAACAAGGUCCAGAAACAUGUGUCCAUUGCCCCUGAGCAGACCACCACAGUCCAUGGAAGUAGCAACAAAGCGACAAAGUCGCAACAGCAAAAGCAGAAAGGUACAGAGCAGUCACCCUCUGUGACCAGACGUCCAAACCAGAAAGUUGCAGAGAGAACAGACAUAUGUCCAUGGGAGGAAGGAAAUGAGGACCACAGUCAGGCAAUGGGGCCAAAACCUCACUCCAAUAGUAAGCCUGCCAUGUCCCAACCCCAGGCAUCCGGAGAGGUCGCCAAGGUUCCAAAAGCUGAGGUCUGUCCAUGGGACUUUGAGGAAGUGUCGAGCAAGCCAAAGGACUCAGCUUGCUCCCCUGAUCAGAGCAGACCAAAAAAGGGCACCACACCAACUGAGAUCAAAGGCAAAAUAAGCUCCUCACCUACUGAAGCCAAGGGCAAGGGUAAUACACCUACAGAGGGCAAAGUAAAGAGUGUUCUCUCCGAGCCUACUAAAUCCACAGGCAGCUCACUGCAGCCGCCCUCUAAAGCAGAUGUGUGUCCAUGGGACUUUGAGACUGUCUCAGGUCCAAUCUCUGAAAAGACCCCUUGUUCUUCUCAGGUUUCUAAGACAAAGGAGACCCAUGCUAUAAAGAGGGGAACUUCCCCUGUCAGAAUAUUAGAGUUGGAAAGAGAGAACACAAAGGGUCCAGAUGAUGACAAAAUGAAAACGAACACAAAAGACAAGUUCACCUCUGGCAAGACAAAAGAAAGACCUGUCAGCCAGUCUAAACUGGCUGAAGUUUGUCCAUGGGAUGUUGAGAGUAGUCAGGAAAUUGUCUCAACGGAAAAACAAAAAAGCCCAAAUGUUGCAUUAGCAAAAAGCAAGCAAGCAGAUGUAUGCCCUUGGGAUUUUGAAGAUGCAGCAACUAGUAAAGAUGUCAACAAGAGCACCAGUUCAUCUACUGGCAAACAGAAAAGUUCAAAUUCCAAAGGCAGAGUUACUAGUGGUGUUAAAAUGGCAGAUGUCUGUCCUUGGGACUUUGACUCUGACCAAGCAUCAACAAAAAAGGCAUGACAAUUUACCAAGUGAACCAUUAGUUAGAUCUCAUUAUAUGUGCUUUUUCUUUCAUAAAUACACCAUGGAAACUUUAAUAGAAUUUUUGGUGAUUUGGUGAAGAAAAUCAACAAGUCGCACAAGCUGCCUUUCUCUUCAACCUUUUGUUUUCCCUUUGUGUUUUUUGGAAUAAAAAAGGAAAAAACAAAACAAAAAUGCAACAAUUCACCAGGCAUUCCAGAUUCUAAAGUAUUGGUUGAACCUUUAAAUAGAAACGGUAGUUUACAAUUAUGCAACUCUUUAUGUGCAAUGUAAACAAGAUGCCUAUACUCACCACACGUAUACUCAUUAACAUUUAAACUAUCAUAACAGCUGCAUCUGUAGCCUCUCCUUGACUGUGGCUUCCACAAAAGAUUGUACAAGUUCCUGUUACAUAGGAGGGUGUGGACCAUGCAUGAAGUGUCUUGGAGUAAGCCUGAUCCAUUUCCUUGUUUUGUUUUGUUUCAUACAUUAUCGUUUGGUUUGAGUAAAAAAGAUUUUUUGCCAAAGAUAGAGGUAAAAUCCAAUAAAUCUAAGAACUCAAACCUCAACAGCGUAAUAGAGACACUACAUUUGUACAGUGAGCCGAAUCCAUGCGGCUGCUAGAAAAUUAGCCUGUAGCACUUUAGUAAAGAACAUACUUAGAAAGACAGAUGUAAACUGGUCAUAAAUCCAUUCAUGUUUUACCUUGUUUGUCUUUUUGGCCUUGCUGUUUUAUGCCGUUCCGCAGUGAGAUCAUAUGUGCACAUCUGCAACACUUUUUUUAGUUUUCUUGACUAGAAAGAAAGCUAGUGAAAAAAAAAAAAAAAUAAACAUUUCCAAUGCUUCCAAAUUUGCUGAUAUAUUAUCCUGAAUGUGCCUAUUUAAAUAGUCCUGUACCAGUCUUACAUUGUAUUGGGAGAUGUGAAACCUUUGUCAUAGCCCAUGUUACAAAUAUAAUAUUGAAACACUUGAUGAAAAUCAGCAUCUUAUUUUUGAAAAUAAAUGAAGUUUAGUUUAUAUAUUAGCAAUGUUGCAAAAUUGUAAAUGCUUUUUGAAUGGGGUAUGCUAGGGGAAAAAUAAGUUCACUACUCAGUUCAUGGGACCAUAGAUAUCGUUUCUCUCAGCGUAGGGCACAAUCUUUACGGUUUCUGCCUCUAAUGUUUUUGUCUUUUACGAUUAGAACACUCAUGAUAAUAUACAAAAUGUAUCGAAUUCCAGUCUAUCUCAUAUCAAAUUCUGACCCAAGCCUCAAUUACUUUAACAUAUCUGUUAUCUUUAACAUUUUAUGAUGAUUACAUCAGUUUACAAAUAAAAACAUUGCUCUUACUGUAUUGAUUUUUUUUUUUUUGUUAAAUUGUAUCGAUUUCUUAGAAGAACAUUUUGAAACAUCCCCAGAGACCACUGAUGUGAAUUCAACAAUCUAUCUAAAUUACUGUUGGAAUGUUAACAUAUCUUGUAUGCCUUCUCUGUACAUGGUCAUUGGUAAUCUGUAAUGACGUCAAGGUAAUGGUGUCACAACACAUAAGGCAUGAACUGCUGUACAGUAUGAUGCCUAGUAAUGAAAUAUUCGUAUAAAUGUUGACAUAUUGCAAUUGCAAAUGGUUUUGACCCAAUCCUACAGUAACUAAAUGGUUUUUUAAUGUA